UCUUAUCCCACAAAAAAAAUAUAAAAACCAUAUACUAAAUUAAGCUUAUGUUUCCAGCAAAUUGGUGUGUCUCUCUAUGUUGGAUCUCUCUCUUCUUUCUCCUCUGCUUCUUUUUCAUCUUAAGUUUCUCCUUCAACAUUCCUAUUCACUGUUCCCUUCUCCUUCACUCUCAGAUGGGUUAUCUCAUGAUGUUGUGUUGUUAGCUUGAACUCACUCCGAAAGUCUCUUUUCUCUUUGUUUUCAUUGCAUGUUGUGUAACGCUCGCACUCCAUUUAUUGCUUCCUUUGACUUUUCUUCUCCUUUGCCACUGUUUUUGUUUCUUCUCUCUCUUUCCGUGUCAUAUCUUACAUUUAACCAAUGUUGUGUCAUGGAGCGUUACUCUUCUUAAUGGCUAAAUAAACAGGCACAAACAAACCCAUGUCUCAAAAUAUUCACCUUUUUCCACUUCCAAAUCAAUCUCUGCUCCUUGUUUGUUAUUCUCUAUGAAAGCAGGUGUAUUGGCCAGCUUCUCAUGAUGUGAAGUCUUUUGGUUUUUGUGUGGGGGCGUCUUUCAUUAGGUAACGGGGAAUUUUAUUGGCUAAGAGGGUAGAAGUUUUCCCUGAUCAACAUUUAGCAGAGGGCGUAUUGAAGGAGUAUUUGCCUGCAAAUGACCUAUUAUGACCAACAAAAAAGCAUUAUCUGUCUCAACCGUUGUUAGUGGCUUUUGUUUGGGUCAUAGGGCGCAAAAGAUGAGAGUUAUGGAGUUACCACCCUCAGGUGACAACGGUUCUUCUACUAACGAAGAUGAACCUGUACCUCAGGAUGCAGAUUAUAGUAUAAGUGACGAGCUGGAGACUUCAAUCUUAGCAAGAUUUCCAAGGUCACAGCUUUGGAAAUUGUGCUUUAUAAACAAGCGGUUCUUGGCGCUAGCGAGGAGUGGCGAGAUCUACAAAAUCAGGAGGCACUUGGGACUGAAAGAACCAUCUGUGUUUAUGUUAGCUAGUGGGGAGAGCAAUUGGUGGGGAAUGGAGUGGCCUUUCAUGUCAAGCAAGAAGCUCCCUCCUAUUCAAUCAGAUUAUAAUUUUGAGUGUGGAGACAAGGAGUCAUUUUGUGCAGGAUCCCACCUGCUUGUCUUUGGCAAGGAGAUUGAUGGGGCUGUAACUUGGAGGUUUGAUUCAACCAAUAAUGAAUGGCUCAAAGGGCCUUCUAUGAUCAACCCAAGGGGUCUUUUUGCAUCAGCCACAUCUGGUGCAAUUGCUUUUGUUGCUGGGGGCUAUGAUGCAACAACUUACACCCAAAUUUUGGAUUCUGCUGAGAUGUACAACUCUGAAAGCCAGAGUUGGAAACCUCUCCCAAGGAUGAACAAAAGGAGGAAGUUUUGCUCAGGUUGCUUCAUGGAUAACAAGUUCUAUGUCCUUGGAGGGAAAGAUGAGGAUGGGAGGGUCCUCACUUGCGGCGAAUUCUUUGAUGGGAAGACAUGGAACUUGAUUCCUGACAUGUGGAAGGAUAUUCCUCUUAUUGCUCAUGAUCAACCCUCUCCACCACUCCUUGCUGUUGUCAACAAUGAGCUGUACACACUGGAUGCUUCUUCAAAUGAGCUGAAGGUCUAUAUGAAGGGAAGCAAUUCAUGGAAGACUUUGGGAGUGGUUCCUGUGAGAGCUGAUGAACAAAGAGGUUGGGGUGUGGCUUUUAAAUCUCUUGGUGACGAGUUGCUUGUGAUUGGUGCACCUUCUGUGUCACAGGCAGAGCGAGUCUUGUGUAUGUACACUGGUUGUCCUGAUCCUGCUGAUGACAAAUUCAGGUGGAGGCAAAUUGGAUGUAGCACCAUUCAGCUCAAUCACUUUAUCCGCAAUUGUGCUGUGAUGUGGACCUGAAAUUCUUAUUUCAACAACAGCUCCAAAACAAUCUAAAUAAAACUUGGAGGCCAAGAUGGAGUUUUCAUUAGAACAAGCUUCUGUCUUCUGAUGAUUGAUCUUUGUUUCUAUUUUGCUACAUGUUGGGGUGACUUUUUAAAACAACUUAUUAUUAGGAACCUUGUUCACGUACGUAUCUUCUAUCUUUAACCUUUGAGUGAAAAUGGCAAGGAGUAUCCUAUUAUUGUUGGUGAUGAAAAUGCUACUUUUUCUCUUUUUCUGCUGAUUAUGCUAGAUUUCAUAUAUCAUGUUACUGGAUAUCAUCAAAUUUGAAUCCUUUUGCU